UAGCGAAUGCUGCGAGAAGUACUUCAUGCCGAUCUUCACCGACUAUGGCCUGUGCUACGCGUUUAACAGCUUGCCGCUGAAUGGCAUGAGAAACGACACCAUAUCCUGGCAAAGGAGCUUCAACCGUCACGCAGCACCCAGUUCCCUGCUAUGGGGUUUAGACGUGGGGUACCCGAAGGUGUUUCCUCCAGACCCCAGCAUGCAGCCACUCAGGGUCAUGGUCUCUGGAGAGGACUACGGGCUUGGGGUGGAACUGUACCUCAACAUCAGCGAGCAUCAGCACGCUUGCGAUGGCAACAGUCUGGGAUUUAAUGUCCUAAUUAGGUCGCCAACAAACCAUGUGUACACCAGCACCGUUCUACGUCUGCCCAUGGACAGGAUGACCACCAUAGAAGUGUCCCCCAUAACCUACAAGACUGAUUCAGCCCUGAGGUCUUUGGCUCCAGACCAGAGGCAGUGCUUCUUCCAGAAUGAGAGGAAGCUGGAAUAUUAUGAGUUUUAUACCGGCAGUAAUUGUAAACACGAUAUUUUUGUGAGAGAGUCGAAGAGGCUGUGCAAUUGUACUCUUUACAACUGGCCACGUAAGUCAUUUUUUGAGCCAGUUUGCUCUACGACAAAAGAUUUUGAAUGCAUUGAUAAUGUUAAAGGCAAGGUAGAAGAACAACAAAUCUAUGCGUAUUACGCUGAGUGUGAGGAGGGCAAGGGUUCAGACGAGCCGGCCUCCUGCCAUCCCUCGUGCAAUGACGUCAUCUAUGACAGCCAGGUGUACUACUCCGAUCUUAUCAAGGAGCCAGGAGACCCGUCGCCAGUUUGGGGGCGCCCUAAAAAAGGGGAGCUGACGCAGAUCAACGUGCAUUUCUACGAAGAUAUGUUCUUGGGCCAGCAUAGACAUGCGCAGUAUGAUGAUUACUAUUUUGCUGGUGCAAUAGGUGGACUUCUGAGCCUCUUCCUUGGCUUCAGCAUAAUCAGUGUCGCAGAGCUGGUGUAUUUUAUUGUGCUUCGCCCUGUGCAUAGAGUUCUAAAGGAGAGUUAUUGGCAAUAUUAUUGA